GCGUGACUCGAUUCCAAGCAAACAGGACGCGCGGGAAGUGGCCUGAUUACAGUUCAUCCAUUAGGAUUAAUUCAAGGUCAAGCGGCUUGACCUUGACUCAAGCCUCAUGAAGCCGCGCGAUGCAGAGCCCAGUCCGCAAUUCGCCAUCCCCCACACACGACCCCAAUCGUCUAACGUCAUGGUCUCCUUACCCUCCAUCGUGGCGGCUGCUGCUGUCGCUGUUGUGACCCGAUUCCAGUCUACCGACGCGGCCUUCGUAGCUUGUGCCGAAGCCCCAGCGCGACCGGGAGACCGCCGCACCAGCACAUCCCAACUCAAAGUGACCACGUUCAACACGGAGUUCCUGUUCCUGGGCAACGCACCGCACGGGCUCAAAUGUCCAGGAGCUGACUGUCGGUGGAAGACGGUGGCUGACGCCCAGAGCCACGUGAUCCAGAUCGCAUCCGUCAUCAAGAAGCUCGACGCCGACAUCAUCCAGCUCAACGAGGUCGAAGACUGCACAGUGCUGCAGGCUGUCAUUGCGCAGCUCCAAGCUCUGGGCGAUUCCACCUACAAGCCGUACGUGGUCAGAGGUGCUGACACGUCCACAGGUCAGAACUCGGCUCUGCUCACGCGUAUCGAUCCGGUCGUGGAUGUGCAACGGACGGAGACGCGGGCGACCAUCCCGGUUAGUGGGUCGAAGUGUCCAAGCUCCAGCGGCUACUCGAGCUCUAAAGGAGUAACCAAGCACUUCUACACAACCUUCAACGUCACGGGCUUCUCCAAGCCGCUCACGCUCGUCGGUGCUCAUCUGCUGGCCAAUCCCGAGAGUAAACCACGCUGUUUCGAGCGUGAAGCUCAGGCGACGGUACUCGCUGGUCUGGCCAACGCUGCGGUCGAUGAAGGACACCACGCCAUCAUCACGGGCGACCUGAACGACUGGUCUGCAACUGUGUUGGACAAGAACAGCAAUACACCCAUCAGUGCUGUGCUCUCCAUCCUCACGGGUAGCAACUUUGUCGACGUGGCGAGUAAAAUCUCGCAGUCGGAUCGCUACACACAGUGGUGGGACGAGGACAACAACUGCGUGUUCGAAGACAGCGAGGUGAGCAGCCUCGACCACAUGCUCGUCUCCAAGUCGCUGUCGUCGGCACUCAAGAGCGUCUCGUUCAACCACGACCUGUAUGCCUCGUCCUGCAGCGGAUACAACAGCGAUCACUACCCGAUCUCCGUCGUGUUGAACAAGGUCUAAGGGUUUUCAAACUGAACGUACUGCAGAUGUUUAAACAAAAUGACGAGAAAAGCUUUGGUUCAUCACGA